UAAUCUCUUCGGUAAAUCGAGACAAUCUACCAAUUCUUCUUCUCGCUAGUGUGCAGAUAGGCGUCCGCCGUUCAUCUGUAAGGGAGACUAAAGUAGUCAACGAAGUGGCCGUUUCCAAAUACAAAUCCUUCCACCGGAGGAUACCGCUAUAAUGGGUGUUUUUCACGGAAAUGGACUUUAUAGCAGUUUCCUUGCGCACAGAUUCUGAUAGAAACAACACAUUUUGACGCCUGCUAGCUAGCGUUAGUUCUCGCCACUGUCCGGUGGUUUUGGUUUUGUCUUUUGCAAGAGUCUCCAAGCGAGGGAUAUACACAAGGGAUCUUACAGGGAGACUGACUUAAACUGCAAACAUGUCUGGGGCUUCUGUGAAAGUCGCUGUUCGAGUUCGACCCUUCAACUCGAGGGAGAUCAGCAAGGAGUCAAAAUGUAUCAUUCAGAUGCAAGGCAACACUACAACUAUCCUCAACCCCAAAGCCCCAAAGGAACCAGCAAAGACCUUCAGUUUUGAUUACUCCUAUUGGUCUCAUACCUCUCCCGAUGACCCCUGCUUUGCCUCACAGAACCUUGUGUACAAUGACAUUGGAAAGGAAAUGCUGCAGCAUGCUUUUGAGGGUUAUAACGUCUGCAUCUUUGCUUAUGGCCAGACAGGAGCUGGCAAAUCCUACACCAUGAUGGGCAAGCAGGAGGAGGGGCAGGAAGGAAUCAUUCCCAUGCUGUGUGAAGAUCUGUUUGAGAAGAUCAAUGAGGACGGCAACAAAGAGGAGCUCUCCUACUCAGUAGAGGUCAGUUACAUGGAGAUCUACUGCGAGCGCGUCCGAGAUUUGCUCAACCCCAAGAACAAAGGGAACCUACGAGUCCGAGAACACCCGCUGUUGGGUCCCUAUGUAGAGGAUCUGUCCAAGCUAGCUGUCACCUCCUACACAGACAUCGCUGACCUGAUGGAUGCUGGCAACAAGGCCAGAACUGUGGCUGCUACCAACAUGAACGAGACAAGCAGCAGGUCCCAUGCUGUUUUCACCAUUGUCUUCACUCAGAGGAAACACGACAGCGAGACGGACCUCUCCACAGAAAAGGUCAGUAAAAUUAGUCUGGUAGACUUGGCAGGCAGUGAGCGAGCAGAUUCAACUGGAGCUAAAGGUACCAGGCUAAAGGAAGGAGCAAACAUCAACAAGUCUCUCACCACGUUAGGAAAGGUUAUCUCUGCCUUGGCUGAAGUGAGCAAGAAGAAGAAGAAGAGUGAUUUCAUCCCAUACAGGGACUCUGUUCUGACAUGGCUGCUGAGGGAGAACCUCGGUGGGAACUCCAGAACAGCCAUGGUAGCUGCCCUCAGUCCUGCAGACAUAAACUACGAUGAAACCCUCAGCACUCUGCGCUAUGCUGACCGCGCCAAGAACAUCAAAUGCAAUGCUGUCAUCAAUGAGGAUCCCAACAAUAAGCUGGUGCGCGAUCUGAAGGAUGAAGUGGCCCGGCUGAAGGAACUGCUCCGUGCCCAGGGCCUGGGAGACAUUCUGGACAUUGAUCCUAUGGGGGAUGAUUGUCCAGGAAGUGGAAUCAAAUCCCCUAUUGGUUCCCUGACAGCCUCGCCGUCUUCUGGCUCGCUGUGCAGCCAGGGGGGCCUUCAGUCAGUCACCAGCAUCCAAGAGCGAAUCAUGUCCACGCCUGGAGGGGAGGAGGCCAUUGAAAGACUCAAGGAAUCAGAAAAGAUCAUUGCUGAGCUCAAUGAAACCUGGGAGGAGAAACUGCGAAAGACUGAGGCAAUCCGCAUGGAGAGGGAGGCUUUGCUUGCAGAGAUGGGCGUGGCAAUCCGUGAAGAUGGAGGCACUUUGGGUGUAUUCUCUCCUAAAAAGACCCCACACCUGGUUAACCUGAAUGAGGAUCCUCUCAUGUCUGAGUGUCUGCUCUACUACAUCAAAGACGGAAUUACAAGAGUGGGUCAGGCCGACGCAGAGAGAAGACAGGACAUUGUUUUAAGCGGUGCUCAUAUCAAGGAAGAACACUGCUACUUCCGCAGCGAAAGGAAUGCAAAUGGAGAUGUUAUUGUCAUGCUGGUGCCCUGCGAGGGAUCGGAGACCUACGUCAACGGCAAGCGUGUUGAGGACUCGAUCCAGCUUCGUUCAGGCAAUCGCAUCAUUAUGGGAAAGAACCACGUGUUCCGGUUCAACCACCCAGAGCAGGCCAGAGCUGAAAGGGAGAAGACGCCAUCGGCCGAAACCCCCGUGGAGCCCGUUGAUUGGACAUUUGCUCAGAGAGAACUCCUGGAGAAACAGGGCAUUGACAUGAAGCAGGAAAUGGAGAAAAGACUCACUGAGAUGGAAAUCUUGUACAAAAAAGAGAAGGAAGAAGCCGAUCAGCUUCUGGAGCAGCAGCGACUGGAUGGAGACUCUGAUAGUGGGGAUGACUCAGAUAAGAGGUCUUGCGAAGAGAGCUGGAGACUGAUCACUUCCCUGAGGGAAAAGCUACCUCCCAGCAAGCUCCAAACCAUAGUGAAAAAGUGUGGAUUACCCAGCAGUGGGAAAAGAAGAGAGCCAGUGAAAAUGUACCAGAUCCCUCAGCGGCGCCGCAUCACCAAGGACUCUAAGUGGGUCACCAUCUCUGACCUGAAGAUCCAGGCAGUCAAAGAAAUCUGCUACGAAGUGGCGCUCAAUGACUUCCGUCACACACGGCAGGAAAUCGAGGCUUUGGCUAUUGUAAAGAUGAAGGAGCUUUGCGCUAGCUAUGGCAAGAAGGACCCCAACGAGCGGGACUCGUGGAGGGCGGUGGCUCGGGAUGUUUGGGACACUGUAGGGGUUGGUGACGAGCGCAUUGAGGAUGUCAUGACCAAUGGGUCUCGACCCGGAGGAGUUGUUAUGGACGAACUAAAAGUGCACAUUGAUAAACUCGAGGACAUCCUGCAGGAGGUGAAGAAACAGAAUAACAUGAAGGAUGAGGAGAUCCGUGCCCUCAGGAAUAAGAUGGUUAAAAUGGAAAAGGUCCUACCGCUCAUAACCCCAGAGGGCCAAGAAAAGCCUCCCAUUGUAGGUCCCUCUACUUGUGAAGCAAGAACUCCAAGCCCUCAGGAAGGAAAACUACCUGUGCCUGAAAAGCCUGACGAAGAAGAUGCAGAUUCACUAACAGGCCAAAGUAUGGCAGAUGAUUCAACGCUAAAGCGAGGCCACAUGCGCUGGAUGCGUCAAGAGCAGCUGCGCCUCAAGAAUCUACAGCAACAAGAGAUCUCCAAGCAGCUCCGCCGGCAUCCCGGGCCUCAUCGCUUUAUACCACCAGAAGACCGUAAAUUACGCUUCCCCUUCAAAAGUAAUCCAAAGCACCGUAACUCGUGGAGCCCGGGUACUCAUAUCAUAAUUACAGAUGAGCAGGUUAUAGAGUUAAAGGUUCCCAAAGAAGCUGUACAGGAAGAGGAGGCAGAAAGCCUAGCUGGAGAAGAUGUACAGUGUAGCGAUAAGAUGGAUAAGAUGGCUGCUUCAGUUAUCCAAGUCUCUCCAGCGCUGCAAAGCCCAUCAGUUCAGCGCAGAAGCAAAGACUCAGACCAAGGUUUAAACCAGGGUCACAGGCAUAACUAUAGGAACAACCAACAUCAGCAGCUGCACGAACGAGGCCGCAGCAACUCCUUUAAUCACCGUCAGCGUCCCUCGGGCUCCAUGGAGUCACUGCAGCAGUCUGAAAGCAACAGGAGGUAUACGCAGGCUUUCUACCAGCCCCGCCACUAUCAGAACCAGCCAGCACAUCCCCAGCCUCACCACCACCAACAGCCAUGCCACUAUAACGGCACAAUGUAUGCCGAUGGCGGCUUCAAUGGUUACCAGCAUUACCAUCACACUGACCAUCCUAACCAUCCAGUCAACUUUCAGCCACCUCCACGAAUGCGCAGGCAAAUGUCUGCUCCUAACCUAAAAGCCAGCAGAGAGACGACGGUCUGAGUGGGACUUGAGGAGUGAGGAACUAGAUUGACAGACUUUUAGUAGGCAAACACAUUACAGAUCACAACAGCUCUGACAAAAAGUGACUGUGACUAUUGCACUAGAUCGGUGUUACUGGUUGAUCCAAGUAUUGUAUGUAUUAUAUAUAAAUAUAUAUAUAAAAAAAGAGACAUUUUAUCACCAUCAGUAUCAUCAUAUGACAUUUUUAUCAUUUUUUUUGUGCAUCGUGUGCAUUGUCAUCACUGUCACUGGGAUUCAAAGGAUUCAAAGCCAACAGAUAAUUUUUUUUAACAUGUCACGCCUACUCUUCAUUUAUCAGCAUGUGUGACAAGUUGAUGAAUCACACUUUGAUUUGCCAAAUUACUUUCACGGUCGAAUUUCUGAGUUUACAUUAUUGCCAUUUUAGUAUUGAUGAAAGUAGAGUGUUGUGUUUUUUUUGUUGUUUUUUUUUUUAAUGGCCACUGUGACAUGAACAUAGUGACGUGUCCAAUACGCAUUUUUGUUGGUGCCCACGUUAGGAACAGAACACACCCAGUGUUUUAUCUACGUACUGUUAAGCUGCACGGUAGGAUUGGAGAAUCAGUUGUCUUUGGCACGAUCAUGUUUACCUCAAAGCAUUUUGUUACAACGCAUCAUUGGCCUAGAUCUGGAAUCAAAAGACCACUUGAGGAAUAACUUGAAGCACCAGUCAAUCGUGUGCCUUUUUAAACAGACUGACAUAUAAAGAAAGUGGGGUUUUUUUAAAGUGCCUUUUUAGAUGCUCUAACUCUAUUAAUCCUGCUCUGCCUUUGCAAUUCAGUAUUUUCUUUGCCUUCCUUUUAAUUCAGUGCCUACGGACAGGUUUGCAGAUUAAUUUUGUAAAGGAAGCUUCAUACCUUAACUAACCAAAACUAACUUUUUAUCAAUAACAUACUGACUUAUACAUUUUUUAGUAAUCAUCUUAUUUGCUUGAUUACAAACUUUUUCCUGUCUUUCUUUUUACUUUACAGUUUAACCAAAAACAAAAAAAAACCUUCAAAUAUGUAGCUACCAACUACUUUCAUGACAGUGUUUUGCACUUCCUCACUUCACGGAUAAGCUGCAUAAUUUGUUAUUGACUGCACUAAUUUUUAAAGAUACUAAGUUCUUUUAAAAAUAUGUUUUAAAAGCAGACCAAGUCCAAAAAAGGUUUUAAAACAUGUCCAUGAGUUUUGGAGUUCACUAAAGACAAGAACCACUACGCUGAAAAGCACAGAGAGCACCCUCGAUUGUACGUGAAUGCAAAUUGUAUCCAUUUCAAAGUUUCACUGAAUAGCUUCCCAUUUUCUUCCUGUAUGAAGCACUCAGUCUGGUUAAAAUUACAUUUUAGGUUUGUGGCUCAUUGAGUAAGCACAGAGUUCACUGUGUUUCAGAUGGAUGCCCUACAGAGUGUUGUCAAGGUUCCCAAAGACUCGCCCUAAAAAUGUUGGAAGCAGGACAAAGACUUGAAAUGUUUGCAUAAUGGUAUUCAGGAGAAAUGUCCAUAUCAAAUGAGAUUUUUGUUUUUUUUAAGGACUGCCUUGUUUUUAGCUGCAUAUUCACACAACCAAGACAGAUAUGGGUGUGAUGGUCUGUGAAAUCUGUUGCCCAUGUUAAUAACUUCAGUAGUCUGUAUCAGUGUUUUUGCCUCUGUGCUUUAGCGUGUGCGUAUUUGCCUACCUUUUUAAUCGGCCUGUUGUCUGCUGCAUUUUUAGCUUUAAAAGAACCCCCAUUAAUUAUUAACAUUAGAUAUCAGAUGGCCUUCAAAUUAUUUCAGACAAACAGCGACACUCACAGCAGGACGGGCGAGACCUUUGAGGACUAUCAUAUUGUUAAACCUGGGAUUUGAAUUUAUUUUCUUUUUAAUGCUCUUAAGUUUUGACGGUAUAAAUUCUGCCUUACUAUGCUGUAACAAAAAAACCCAAAUGACAUGACAUAUUCAGCCAGCCUUCCCCUCAUAUGUUUGACUAUCUUUGCAUGGAGUAGCUUACAUUUCCUCAGCCCUGAUGAAUCUAUUAAAAGAAAGUUGUUUAACAUAAGCUCUGGUGCAGAUGGUGACCGGGUAAGCUGGACAGUGUACAGCAUCAAAUGAACCACCGUGUGUACAGCUCUGAAAUCAGCAUUUAUAAGUAUGCUAGGUCUCUGUGUCUGAGUGUCGUACAUCUUGUGUUUUUUGAACCUACAACCACAUAAAGUGCCUCAUUGUGGCUGUGUACCGAGUUGUGUUGCUCCUUGAUAGAGCACAUUAACAUUGAACAGUAUUGUUCACUGGUUUUCAUAAAGGAUAUACCACAACUAUGUGUUUUAUUGUCAAGGUAUGAAUGAAAUGAAAUAAAAUGACAUGAUCCAUGUGCA